CUACAGAAUUCUGAAAUGUGUGAAUAAUGGAAGAAGAAAAGGAACUAAUAGUUGAUUCCGAAACUCUCCCAAUUAAGGUUGAUUCUGAAACUGACCCUAAAGUUGAUCCCGAAACUCUCCCCAAAGUUGAAUCCGAAACUGCCCCAAUGGAGGACGAACCAGAAAUCAGAAGUGUAGAUUUUAAAACCACGCCAACAAAAAUAAAGUUAGAUUUUAACGAAGAUGAGCCGGAGGACCUAGCCCGGAUAACCCCCAGCUCCCGUACACACAGUACAGACUGGUUAGAUGUGGAUAACACCAACAGAUGGUUCACUGAACCGGCCCAUCUCAACCUGAACGGGUCGAGGAGGGCUGAUAAUAUGGACUCGAGCGCAGUGGAAGACUACCUGAAAUCUAUUGACAAGAUGGACAACAUCCGUCACAGUAUAGACACACUCCAUACAGAUCUGAACGUCAGUGAACUCCGGGACGAUAUCAACCGGACUAGACGGAAACUUAAGAAUGAUUUGGAACUGUCCCGAUCGGCUAGAUUAUUACAAGAAGACAUAGAUCGCAAACGGAGAGUCAGGGAAGAUCUGGAACUUUCUCGGUCUUAUAGAUUAGCCUCGGAGCUAGAAGACAUAAGAUCGAGCACACUGAGAGCCGAGUUGUUGAGUGAAGCUGCACUCCGACCCUCCUCCGCUACCCCGUACGGGGACUACAUCAGCACACUGAGACUCAGGAGCCUGAGACUGGAGGAAGAGCGACUUCUGGAAAUAAGACGACUUCAGUCCAGAGCUAGAGCGCUGAAACUCUAUUGAAGAAGUGGGACUAAUAUGGAACUGGAACGGUUGAGAGGACCCCAGCCGAAGUGGUACGAACUGAAAACCCCCCAGUUUCACGUGGAAGCCCGGAAGAACAACGAGCUGAUAGCUGCAAAAAAGCAGUGGCACGACCUGCGGGACUACACUGAGUCUGUUUGGAGGAGUAGGGACUUAUCACGGAGUGCCACACACUCAUAAACACUAGCUGUAUAUUAAACUAUGUGCUGAUUAUCACGUAUAAAUACUGUGCUAAUUAUAUGGCAAUAAGUAGGAUCAACUGAUCAGGUUAUCUAUGUUGAUUUCUUUGUUAUUUUGUCUGUUUUUGGGUCAUUUGACGAAUUUAAAGCUGGCUAACUUUUGUGAUUUGUUUAUUCUUAAAGUACAAACUAAGUUAAAUUGGAUUUUAGGAGCCCCAACUGGCAACUGUUUCCGUAAAAAUGUCACAUAGCAGCCUGCAGCUGCUGAUUUACCGCGGUUGCAGCAUUUGUUAGCAGUCGUUGCCAUGGCAACCGAUCUCUUUUAGCAGUAUCAGAUUACACAGAUCUUACUAUAAACCACUAUUUCUAAAGUACCCUUAUUAAUCUGUAUGAAUAUGUAAUUAGAUUUUAGCGAUUUAGAAAAAUAACUUUAAGCAUUGAUUUUGAGGUGUUUAACAAUUUUGUAUAAAUUAUGUACUGUAUUUACUAUUGAUCUAUUGAUUGUAUGUACAUAUUAUUAUGUAUAUUAUCCCCAU